AUGUGGUUGUUGCCGCAACCAGUGGGCUCCAACUUGCAGAUUGCAGACACGCUUGGUCGUUCCAACACAGGGCACGACGGUUCAAGGAUCAUGGUGUCGCUUUGGUAUCUGCUGAGCAUUUCCAUGAACUGCUCCGUGCAAGGAGACUUGGAACCACUGGCAAUGCAGGUAAGCGUGGGGUCUUGUACCGCUCAGGACGAUGGCUGCAUUGUCAGCACCGACCUCCCGAACGCCCAGCAGCACUGCACUAUCCAAAUGGGACAUGGCAGCAGGCAAGCAGCUGAUGGGCAGCGAGUGCGCUCAGAUGCUUUGCAGGCACGGCUCACCGACAUGACGAAGGAGGCUAUCCGUGUGUCGGGACGCGACACCAGCUUGUCGGAGGCGGAAGGGCCGCGCAGAGGUGACGGCACAGCCAAGAGGAGAUUCGACGGCUCCUCAUGCUCAUGGAGCUGCAGGUAUCCGGCUCCCAGCAGCGGCAGCACGAGCAAGACUUGGAGGCGGAGCGAUGUGGAACGCUUGCGGCCGCGGGCUCUGAGGUCCGCAGAGGCGGCUGGCCAGGCCAGGGCCAGGGCCAGCGGCGGUGUGCAGGGCACGAUCUGUUCGACUCUUCGGCUUUUGGAGGAGAAAGCGUCGUUGAAGGCCACCUUGAGGCACGUGCGAAUGCUUUGGGCCCGGCUGGCGCAAGGCAGGCGCAAGACUGCAAAGAGCACUGCAGGCGGGUGGACGAUGGUCAGCGUGAGCAGCUGGAGAUUUUCUCUGCUCAAGCUCUUGAAGAGAAGAGGCGUUUGCAGCAGUGGUUACAGGAUUGAGCAUCGUGAGCUCGUGACCUUCCGGAAAGCAGGUUGCUGGCAACUUGGAGGCCCUUGGACGAAGGUUCGAUCCCUGGUACCUGCUGCCAUGGGUGCGAUGGAAUUCGUCAGAGAUGCGGAGGAGACUCCUGCCACAAAAUCGGUAGUGUGGUGUGCUCAGAUCGUUGCUGGAAUCUGCUGGCUACGUGCAGAUCUAGCAGUCAGAGCGGGCUUGCAGCUUAGGUGCAAAGUUGGUGUCGAGUUUGUUAAGUGGAUGGUCAUUGGUCCACGGCUGGGGCCUUCGGCCUUCGGCCAUAGCAGGCGCUUUCUACAGCUCCGUAUCCAGGCUUUGCACUGGGGCAUCCCCGGUGUCUCCGACAUCUCCGACAUGCCGCGUCACAUCUGCGCACCAGAUCAGGACUGUCCCAAAGGCUGGGCAGAUGCAAAUGAAAUGAUUGCAUGUGCUGGCGAUAUGACGACUGAGGCCAUGAGUGACUUUCUGUACAACCAGCGGCCCGGCCAGGAUGUCGAGCAUUGUGUGACCAAGCCUCCAAGCGUAGCCCAGGAUGCUGUGGAGAAUGUGUACCGAGUUGGAGGGAUUGCUGCAGCAGUGGGCUCCAACUUGCAGAUAGCAGACACGCAUUGCCGUUUCCGACACCUUAUGAAGGACGGGGAUGGGGACGUGGUGGUGUUGAGGUUCGAGGUUUCCCUUUGCUUAACGUUGCACGCCGCUUUGUGCCAGUUGGCGCCGCUGUGGCAGGACAUGGCGUCGCUUUGGUAUCUGCUGAGCAUCUCCAUGGCCUGCUUCGCGCGAGGCAGGUCUGGGGGUGGAGUUUCGGAAGCCCCGCCGGGCGUGAUCUUAGAAAAGCACAUUAUUUAUGAGAUUCGCAACUUGGAUUCGCUGUCAUUGCAGAUAAGCGCCGGGUCUUGUUCCAUUCAGGAAGAUGGUUGCAUCGUCAGCACUGACGUGGACCUCCCCAACAACCAAGAGCAUUGCACAAUCGAAAUCGGACAUGGCAGCAGGCCCGUUGCCAUCGAGAUCAUACCCUUCACCACCAGAGACACCUCGGAGGUCCUCGCAGAUUCCAGCAGCAAAGCCAACAACAAGGCUCCCCAUCUCUGGAAGCUGUGCCUCGCGGAAGCCGAGGAAUCUCCGGAAAAGGAGCUGUUGGAGGAGGAGGCUCAGGUGGCGAGGUCGGAGGGCGAGAUGGCUCAAGGCUCACCUACCUGGAGAAUGGUCAGCGGGCCGUGCACAAUUGGGGUAGCCGGUUGCAUCAUCGUCACGAACGAGCUUCCGACCUUGCAGAGCUGCAUCGUCAAAGUUGCACCUGGUAGCAGGUUGAAAGAGGUCCAAGCCUUUCUAACGAAGGACGAGGACGGGCCCACGCAGAUUCUGUGCGCUGCGAGUUCCAGCCACACUUCCCAGGAGCAUCUCGCCCGAGCACUGCAGGCUUCAUGGGACGCCGCCGUCAGCUGCGGCUUCGAGGUGGACUUCUGCGGGUGGUCCACCGGCAACCAUAACUGGCUGCGAUCCACCGGGGCGGCGGAUACUGGACCGGCCGCGGCGGUUCAGGGCGGAUGGUAUGCCUUUGUGGAGUCCAAUUUCUGGGAGGACGUGGUCCUCACCAGUAGCGUCUUCGAGCCUUCCCCGGCCACUGUGUAUGUCCACUUUUAUUUCCACGUGUUUGGGGAGCACGACGGGUUGCGACUCGAAGCUUUCAGCAGCGCUGCGUGGACUCAGCUGUGGUCACUAGCAGGAGAGCGGGACCGCGAGUGGCACUUGGCCGUGGUGCGCUUGCCACCAAACGUCACUGCAGUCCGCUUCGUCGGAACUAUGCAGGACGGUGGCUAUGGCUACGCUGGAUAUUAUGGUGGGUUUUUAUAUGCUCCGGGAUAUGGCAGCACGGCGCUGGACGCCAUCGCCACUGGACUGCCCACGGUGGAGUUCCGCCAGUUGUCCUGUGGCUUCCGUUUUGACACCUGCCUUUGGCAAAGCAAUGGCGAUUCUUCAUGGCAGCUUGUGGGUGAUGCUUUUGGCCAGUGGCUGGAGGCUUCUGGGGACAGUUUUCAAUCUUCGGAACGGGUCUUGGAGACUGCGGCUCUUUUCAACGCCACUGAGGAGAAGAUCUUGGUGUUCGACUAUCAGCUGUCCGGCUCGGAUGCCGUGGCAUUGGAGGUGCAACACCGAACCUCCGCUGAUGGCUGGCAGCGCUUGCAGUUCGAGUCGGGUGGCCGAAGCGAUGCUUGGCAUACUGGUGCGGUUACAGUGCCUGUUGGCAGUGUCGGCUUCCGCUUCGUGGCCAAUGUCACCGGUGAUCUUGACCGGGUGAAGCUGGAUUCCUUGUCGGUGGUCGACGCAACUCUGGCGGAUGUGCGGUGCAGCUUCGAACAGGACACCUGCAAGUGGGCAGGGGACUGGCAGCACGUCAGCGGCCCCUCCCAAAGUCCUUUAGCCUCCAUGCCUGAUGCAGCAUUCCACGCCGAGAGCUACGUCUACGUCACCCCCCUCGAGAACGAGGUAUACGUGCUCACCAGCCCGCUCUUCCCCAGGCCCGCCAACUCCUACCUGGAGUUCGCCUUUCACAUGCUUGGUCUUGGCGUCGGCAAGCUGGAGCUAUGGUACCUGAAAGGUGGCAGCUGGAGCUCGCGCUGGUCCCGGCAAGGAAACCAAGGGGCCGACUGGCUUCAGGCCAAGGUGAGGCUCCCAAGCGGGGUGGAGCGGCUGCGCUUCGUGAGCUCUGCUGGGGAAUCCAGAGUCGCUUUGGACGCAAUCCUCGCCUGGGAGGGCCCUGAAGUAGCCCCGGCGGAGUUCCUGAGCCUCUCUUCUGGCAACUACCACAACUGUGCAGUUCUCAAGGCCGAGGGCCUCCUGAAGUGCUGGGGAGGUGGAGCUAGCGGCCAGUUGGGUUACGGCAGCAUAGCAUCUGUGGGGACAGCUCCGGGUCAGAUGGGGGAGAACCUGCCGGCCGUGGACCUCGGGGAGCCGGGCGUUCGAGUGACGGAGGUGGCCUGCGGUCAAUGGCACACCUGCGCAGUUCUCGAAACGGGCGUCCUGAAAUGCUUCGGGAGUGGCAGUUAUGGCAGGCUUGGCUACGGACACACCCGCGAUGUUGGCGACGAGCCUUUGGAGAUGGGCCAGCACCUGCCAGCCGUGGACCUGGGCCCCGGCGUGGAGGCGGCGCAGGUGGCUGCUGGUAUGGACCACACCUGCGCUCUGCUUCGAGGCGGGCGCGUGAAGUGCUUUGGCCAGGGACGUCUGCUGGGCUUGGGAGACGAGGAGAACCGUGGCGACGAGCCCGGCGAGAUGGGCUCGGAGCUCCCAGUGGUGGACCUGGGCACCGACUUCGAAGCAGUGCAGCUGGCCUUGGGAGCUUUCCACAGCUGUGCUCUCUCAAGCCAAGGUGCCGUCAAAUGUUGGGGACAGAGCAACCGCCUGGGACUUGGCGAUGGUGGACGCUACAUCGGAACCAGCCCCAACGAGAUGGGCGAUGCCUUACCUGUAGUGGACUUGGGCCCCCUUCCUGCUGUGCAAAUCGCAGCCGGGUAUAACCACACCUGCGCCGUCCUGUCCGACGGCUCGGCGAAGUGCUGGGGUUGGAAUGAAGAUGGGCAACUUGGACACGAGAGCAGUGAACACGCCGGCGACCAGCCCGUUGAGAUGGGCACCAACCUUGCUGUCACGGACCUGGGCGAAGGCGUGACGGUUGUGCGUAUCAUUGCUGGUUCUUAUCACACCUGUGCUGUCCUUCAUGAUGCAAGCCUCAAGUGCUGGGGCUGGGGAGGGAGUGGCCAGCUUGGCCAGGGCAACCUGGAGAGCUUGGGAGACGAUUUUCUGGAGAUGGGCUCCAAUCUGCCGGCAGUCAACCUGGGCAAAUUCGAGGUGCGGGAUGUGAGUGCCGGCUAUAGCCACACCUGCGUGCUCUUGGACGACGACACCACAAGGUGCUGGGGUGACGGCAAUACUGGGCAGCUGGGCAUCGGCAGCACCCUUAGCGUAGGCGAGCUUGGUGUGGCUUUGGUGCCUGCGGAGCUCUUCCGCCUGACCCUUGGUGCUGGCCUUCAGGGUCUCAGCUUGCUUGCCGUCGCCGAAGACCAUGGCUUUGCCAGAGGGAUCCUUCAACUGCAGCACGAUUCUUCCGUCGGCUUCGCCUGCGAUGACGGCUUUGAUGAUCGGGUGGCGCGAGUGGCCUGCCGUGAUCUCGGCAUGGCCAGUGGCAGGGCCAUGGCAGCCUUAGCUAUGUGGGGUGCCGCGGGGGCCGGCACCAUCCUUGCUGAUAACAUCAGGUGUACAGGCGCAGAAAUGAGCCUUCGCGAAUGCAUCUUCCGCGGGUGGCACGUGCACGACUGCGCUCCUGAAGAAGCCGCAGGUCUGGAGUGCGAGUCGAAUGCCUGGAGCGAGUUCACGGUGGAGGGAAGCCCUGCCGGGCGCCAGGACGCUUCUCUGGUCUGGGACAGCGAGACGCAGUCCGCAUGGAUGUUCGGGGGCCACGCCAGCAACGCCUUCCUCUACUUUGCGGACCUGUGGCGCUACGACUGGCCUCGACGAGCUUGGACGGAGAUCCUGCCGUUGAGUGGGGGUGCCGCCCCCGGCGCCAGAUGGGGCCACGCAGCCGUGUGGGACGUGCAUUCCGGGUCUAUGCUGGUGUUUGGAGGCAGGUUCCAGGUCACCUUCUACGAUGACAUCUGGCAAUUUCGCAGCGAGGACAGCGCUUGGAGGCCAUUGCCUUCCCUGGGGAAGCCAUUGGCGCGCGCCUACCACACCGCGAUCCUGGACCCCGUGGAGAGGGCCGUGCUCGUCUUCGGAGGUGAGAGCGGUAGCCAGGUGUUGGAGGACCUCCAGCGCUACAGCCUCGCCGACGGCCAGUGGAGUGAGUCUUUGGCACAAGGGCCGGGAGCCUGCAGCCGACACACGGCCGUCUGGGUGCCCACGACCCGGUCCAUGCUCGUCUUCGGCGGGUGGAGCGGGCAGCAGUACCUGGAUGACCUGCGCAGCUACGAUGCUUCGGCAGGCGCCUGGGACCACUUGUCAGCUGCAGGAUCUUGGCCCACGGCUCGCGCUGGACAUGGUGCGGCGUGGGACCCCAUUUCAAUGAGCAUGCUGGUCAUGGGCGGCAUCACCAAUGUGAGCAACGACCUCAGCUACGAUUCCUCCAUAUACAACUACAGCCUCUUGACGAACUCUUGGAAGGAAGAGGGUUUGCAAAGUCAGGUCGUGGGCCCAACUGGCCGUACCGGUCAUGGCGUUGUUUGGGACUUCGCUUCUCGCGGCUUGCUGUCCUUCGGUGGUUUCAAUGCCUCCUACUUGCAGCAAACCUGGCGAUACGUGGUCAGUCAGACCAACCCGCCCUUGCUGGUCCACUGCCAGCAGGGCCGCAACUGUUCCUUCCACUGGAAUGCCUCCGGCUCUGUGGCCGCGAAACGCACCUGCUCCGACCCGGAUAUCUUGGCAGGACUCCCUAUGCUGCUCUCUGAUGAAGCGGAGGAGGAUCUCUGGAUGUUCGGAGGAAAUGCAUCUCCUUUCUUCACAGAACCGGGUCAUCACCGCCUCUGCUGGUGUGAAGUCAACUGCAGCCACCCCGACAACUUCAGUGCGACAUUGGGCUACUUUGUUGUAGAGGGGCCGCAGCUGCACCAGUCCGCUCGCUGCUACCUUGGGACAGAUUGCACGAUCGCCGGGUGGCGAGGAGUCGGCAUCUCCGCGAACGACAGCGUCGUGAUGCAGAGCCGAUGCGGCGAAGGGCCGCGGCUCUCUUCUUCUUCCACCUACCCUCGACGUUCGGUCGGCGUCUCCUUCAACGAGUCGUAUGGUUGGCACACCUUGCACGUGGGCUUUCUGGACCCUUCGGAGGGCCUCAAGCCGGAAGCUCUGGAGCUUUGCUGGUGCCCUGCUGCGGCGGCCCCUUGCGCUUCCGCGGAGGACUUUCUCGUGGUCGCCCUGAGCCUGGAGGUCCUCUGCCCGCCCGGCGAGUACAGCGAAGGGCCCGGCUCCUCCUGCCUGCCCUGCCCGGCGAACUUCUUCUGCCCCGGAGGAUCCGAAGUCCAAAGCUGCCCGUCGGUGAGCACUUCGAUGCAGGGCUCACGCCAACUCCCCGACUGCCUUUGCCUUCAAGGACGCUACUGGGAUGCAGAGAGCGCCGUCUGCCUGGCGUGCCCCGCCGGGUCUUCGACGUUGCAGGAGGGAGCCACCGGCCUUGGGUCCUGCACCUGCAUCCCCGGCUUCUUCAACACGCAGCCUGACAACCCGGCAGUUUGUGAAUCCUGCGGCGUGGGCUUCUUCUGCACUGGGGGCCUGCAGACCCGCCAGCCUUGUGCCUCAUCCCAAACCACCGCGAGCGACACUUCAGCCGACGAGUCUUCUUGCGUUUGCAGAGCCGGCAGCUUCUUGGAAGACGGGCUUUGCACUCCAUGUCCCGUUGGAUUUUUCAAGGGCAGCGUUGGAGACUUCCGGUGCUCGCCGUGCGGCAGUGGCACCUUCAGUAACGGCACUGGCAACACAGAGCGUUGCAGAUGCCUUCCAGGCUAUGGCUUGGACGAGGAGAUAAACAAGUGCACCGAAUGCGCUCCGGGCGAAUACAAAGCGCUGGUGGGAGACACCCCCUGCAGCAGGUGUUCCAGCAACAAGACCUCGGCGGAGGGCGCCACAUCUCCCCUUGAUUGUCGAUGCCGCUCAGGUCUGGCAGAAGAGGGCCAAGCCUGCCGAGUUUGCAGAGCAGGCUUCUUUUGCCCGGGCCAGGGUGAAGAGAUACGGUGCCCAGAGAAUGCCACCUCACGCGCUGGCUCCCUCCAACAAGCAGACUGCUUGUGCAACCCGGGGUACUAUGCCCUUGAAGCUCGGGCCAUCUGUGAGCCUUGCCAACCUGGACGCUACAAGCCCACGCUGGCUAACGAUCCAACGUGCCCAUUACAGUGCCCCACAAAUGGCGAGAGUGCCAAUGCGUCCACCGAUUUGAGAGACUGUUUCUGCGUGGCGGGAUUCUAUGCAGUUCUGGAUGGAGCAGGAUGGUUAGCCAGGUGCGCCAGUUGUGCCUUCCUUCCUCAUCUGCAGUGCUUGGGUGGUUUUCACACUCAGGCGGGCAUCACUCAGACUGGCAACCACACGCUGCCUGUCGCUCGGCCGGGGCACUUCCAGACAGGACAGACCAUCACCGUGAAGUGCACCGCGGUCACGGCCACUGGCCUAAGCACUUGCCUCGGAGGGCAGCCGUGCGAACAAGAUGACGCAGUGGACUGCUUCGGUAGGUAUGGCAAUGCCUGCGACGAAGGCUCCACUGGCUUCUUAUGUGGCGAGUGCCCAUACGGCUGGGCCAGGAGUGCCUUCCAGCGGCCCUGCGAACCGUGUGCUACCAGUUCUGCUAUGCCACUGAUUGCCGCAGUUAUCAUCGAUGUUGGGACGAAGGCCACCGUCAGCUUCGUCGUGGCGUCCAUGGCGGCAACAGCUGCCGUCAGAGCAAGCAGCAAGCUUCACACAGUUAUGAUCCGCAUCGCCACCCAGUGGCUGGCUGUCUGCUCGGUGCUGGCAACCUUCGACCUGACCCAGAUACCUAUCAACGAGGACACGGAGACCUGGUCCAGAGAGGAGGAUGCUCGGCUCUUCCCGUGGCCCGCACAGGUCACCGCAGCGAUGCUAGGCCUCUUCGAGACCCUCACGCUGACCCCCGUCUUGACCUCCAUCGACUCGGCAGCGCAGUGCCUGGCACAGGAGUUCUCUUCCCAAAGCACGGCUCCAAGCUUGGCCGUUGGGGUGUACUAUCUCAUCCUGCCUUUGCUGGUGAUUCUCGGCAUAGUGCUGCUCUCUUUGCUGGUCGUGCACUUGCUGGUGCCUUCGGGCCAGCGCUUGGGCUUCGCUUUCAACGAAGCUGGACGCCGCCAUCGCAGGAAGGCCAAGGCUAUGCAAAGCCUGCGUGAGGCAAUGGAUCAGGUGCUGGGUGAGGCUUUUCCGAAGACGUCCGACAUUCCUGCCGUUGCUCCGACAUCGACCGCUCCCGCCGUCACCUUCUCUUGGGUCGACCUCGAGCGCUCGGGCGCCUUGCAUUUCGACACCGUGGCUCAGGUGCAGCGGGCAGCCGAGGAUCUCGACGCCUUCCUUUGCAACACGUUCGUUGGAUCCCGGGAGCUCCUCCUGAGGGCUUGCGCCGCCCGAGCGGCCCAACUUCGGCCGCAGGCCGAGGCGCAAAAGGUGCACGAGGAGCUGGCGCAGGCAGAUCUGCGGCCUUUCCUGACGACUGAUUUUGCCACGCAGUUCGAGAAUUUCACCAGCAUGCUGGACAUGGUCUUGGAUGAAGUGCAGACCGGCGUCGCCUUCACCGGCGCUGAAGCUUUGGAAGACUCCGAACAGAACGACGCAAAGGAGCAUCUCAAGGAGGGCUCAGAGCCUUCAGCUGGCUGCGAGGCGCCUGAAGGCGCUUUGCGGGCUGCGGACGACGCGCCGCACGAGGUGCAGAUUGCGGUAUCGAAGCACGACUUGAGCCCCAUGGUGGAUACGGUGGUGGAGACGCUGAAUUUCGGCCUGUUCUCAGCGGCACCUCGCCUCGGCGAGCUCUUGAACCAGAGUGUUCCCAUCAUCUGGGUGAGCCUGGUCUCUCUAUGGCCUGGGCUGCUGUCCAGCUUCCUUCAGAUUAUCUGGUGUGUUCCAGUGCCGGAAGACGAUGUCAUCGUGAACCGACUGCUGCCCAACCCCUCCGUCAUUUGCUGGUCCGACGAGCACUUCGUCUCUGCCCGCAUCGCGAUUGCCGGGCUUGUGGUUUGGUGCGUUGGCAUCCCGCUGACGCUGGCCGUCCUGCUGCUGCGCAUCCCAGACAGACAGGCUCCAGAGAACUUCAGGCGCUUCGGCUACUUCUUCCAGGGCCUGGAGCCGAAAUUCUGGUGGUGGGACCUCCUCGUCAAACGUUUGGACCUGGCCUCAGAAGCUUUCAUGGACGUGGCCUUGAUGAUGCUUCUCACCUACACUUCGGUCGUGCCGGAUCCGAAGGGCAAGCUCAUGCUCUUCCCCGCCCUCUCCGGCUUCCAGGCGCUUGUGGCGGCCUGGGUCAAGCCCUACGCGAACGACCAAGCCGAAAUCCUUGAUGUUGUGGAGGUGACGCUGUCCACGAUUCGUUUCCUGCUCUUCUUUGCCGUGGCGUCACUUCUCAUUCUGAAGCCACCGGCAGCAACUACACAUGCGGUCGCCUACUCACUCCUUGUGGUCAUUGUGCUGGCGUGCCUCUUCCUGUUCGCCCACUUCACUGCUCAGGACCGCGGUGCUGUCAAGGGCUUCGUCAUCGAAUGGGCCGUGCCUUUGUUCACGGAGGCUGAAUCGGAUUCGCUGGAGCUGAUCUGGUCUUUCUCCUCCGAAGCGAUCACGGUGACGACCCCUGCCGAGGAUCCGAGGAAGCGACUGACCUCCUUCCAGACUGCAGUGAGGCAAACUCGUGCCCGGACGUUGCGAACGCUUCAUCAGCUGAGCAAGUCCGUGUUGCGCCACGGCCCCCACUUCCAGCAGGCGGUCCUGGUGAAGGCCAACGAGGAGCUCACCACUUUGUGGCUGCAGCUCGGGCAGAAGAAGCUGCCUUCAUACCGACACGCCUGCGCCCUUGCGACAGCUCACAAAUCGCUGCCGCAUUCGCUCUUGACGAGCGGACUGAGUGGUUCAUGGAUGGAGCAGCUCGAAGCACUUGCCUGUCAAGAUGGGCCCCUCACAUGCAGGCCCAGUGAUAUUGAACAGGCAGUGCAACUCCUGGGCAAGAUGUCCUCGGAUGACGCAGUGCUCUUGGUUCAGUAUGUGAUGACCCUCUGCGACGAACACAUGCGGCCGGAGGAGUAUGUCGAGUUGUGA